GGGGGCUGCGCUCGAUUCGCUGUCCAGAACGUUCCGCACAGUCAGAACAGCAAUAAAGUACACUGGAACAGUGUCCGGAACUUGUCCAGGCUGUGCCCGCGAAAUAGGUGGUGCAGCUGGAACAGUGACGUCACAAACAUGGCUUCCUCGAACUUUUACAGGUGUAAUUGCGGUGUUUUCUUCUGCACAUUAGCAGCAGCAAUGCAACACAGAUGUACUAAAGCUGUUGCUGGUGAUACUGCUACAUGCUCGAGUGCCAGCACCACAAGUUCGAGAAACAUUGAAGAUGUUGGAGACAGUGAGGACAGGACAAUGUUUGAAUGUGAUGUCUGUAAAGGAUGGUUUUUGGACAUGAAGACUUUUGACCGCCAUGACUGUAUCAUGAAUACCGGUAAUGCUUCUAACGAAAGUCCGCUUGCAGCAGCAUCAUCAUCAUCAUCAUCAGAGAAAGGUAAUCCUAUAAGCACAUGUACAUGGAACAGAAAAGCAACCCUGAUGCUUAUUGAUUUAUACAAGAAACUGGAAGAAAGUGUUUCAUCUGGUAAGAUGAAAAAGAAAGUACUUUGGGAAAAAAUAGCAAAAGAACUGCAAUCAGAGGGUUACAGUUUCUGUUGUGAUCAAGUUUCUGGAAGGUGGAAGUCUCUGAUGAGAGCUUACAAAAACGUUAAAGACCACAAUAAGAAAAGUGGCAACAACCCAAAAACCUAUGAAUAUGAGGAAGAACUGGAUGAAAUUUUUGGGCAGAAUCCCUGUAUAGUACCAAAAUUUACACUAUCUACCAACUCAUCAAAAAGACCCUUAGGUGAUGAUAGUGAUGAUAAUAAUGAUGAUGAUGAUGAAAGUGUUUCAAGUAAUGAAGCCAGGAAAGCUAACCCUCCAAAACAGCAAAGAAAGUCAAGCGCGAAUGAAAUUGUUGAAGUUUUCAAGAGCUAUAUUGCUGAUCAGGAAAAGAAACAGAAGGAAGAAAGGGGUAUGAGGGAAAGAAUGCACAAAGAAAGAAUGAGUGUAAUGACCAGUCUAAUACAAGUACUAAAAGGAAAAAAUGAAGAUGAUAAAUAAGAAAAAUGUGUUGUAUGCAUGGAAGAUGGAAAGCAUCCAAAUUGUGUUUUUGUGGACUGCGGUCACUUGGUUGUGUGUAUGGACUGUGGAUCAAGAUGCAACACAUGCCCAGUUUGUCGGGAGGAAAUAAAGCAGAGAAUCAAAGUGUUUCCAUGAGUUUGUAAAACAACAGCAAAUAUGAAACAAAACUUUUGAUUAUUCACCUGAAAAUGUUGGAAAGAUUUGGUGUGGUAAAAUGGUUGUUACGUUUUAUUCAUAAUUCUCUUGUUUACUCAGACAGGAAGUGCAGUUUUUAAUGUGGUACAAGUUAUUGUUUUUAUUAAUAAUUAAACUCAUUUGUCUACAAUUUUCUUAUUUAAGUUGAUAUAUGUGGCCAGAUGCUGCUUAAGGAAGGAGCAACUGCAAUAUUAUUUCUUUCAUAAAGCAUGACUUUACUUAUGGAUGUCUUUUAUGCUGCAGGUAAUCAGGGCCUGUUGUGAAAUGUAAUUAUUUUUAUUUGCCAAUAAAUGUACCCAUUAUGUGUCAGAUGAUUCAGGCCCAUUUUGACUCUUUUUCAUUGUAUUCAAUCAAACAUUCCAUUUUUUUUUCAUUAUAUAUUUAUUUUGCUAUUGUGCCAAAUUUAUAUGAAUAAUACUAUAUUUUAAUAUUGUGAAUGUCACCAACUGUAAUGCAUCUCUAUUAUGCUUACUCGGGUGUUAUAUCUACAUGUAAUAUUCAUUACAUUGUUUUUAAAGGAAACAGAUAGUUUCUUAUCUCAUUCUCAGUAAAAACAUUUUGUUUUUUCAAAUUGUACAAGACAGAGGAUUUAGUUUGCAAAUAUAUAAACAUUUAUAUAUGCAAUAUGUUCUGAUAAAAUGUACUUUAAUAUGUACAUUAGUAUUUCAUGUCUUGGAAUUAAAGAUUUGAAACUCUUUAGUAUUUUUUU